AGACCCAAGCUAGAGUCCUCCCUUCUCGCCCGGAGCUGCGGUCCCUGCCAUGGGUCUCCUCUGCCUCUACCGCUCCACCCUGCUCAUGGAUGGCCUCCUGUUCCUCCUGAUGCUCGCAGAUCCUGCGCUCCCAGCUGGAAGUCGGCCACCGGUGGUGCUGGUGCCCGGUGACAUGGGCAACCAGCUGGAGGCAAAGCUGGACAAGCCAUCCGUCGUGCACUACGUCUGCUCAAAGAAGACGGAUCACUACUUCACACUGUGGCUGAACCUGGAGCUGCUGCUGCCCUUCAUCAUUGACUGCUGGAUCGACAAUAUCCGGCUGGUCUACAACCAAACGUCCCACACCACCCAGUUUCCCGAAGGUGUGGAUGUGCGUGUCCCUGGCUUUGGGGACACCUUCUCACUGGAGUUCCUGGACCCCAGCAAAAGCAGCGUGGGUUCCUAUUUGCAUACCAUGGUGGAAGGCCUUGUGAGCUGGGGCUACGAACGAGGCAAGGAUCUCCGGGGGGCCCCCUACGACUGGCGCCGAGCUCCAAAUGAAAACGGGCCCUACUUCCUGGCCCUCCGCAAGAUGAUCGAGGAGAUGUACCAGCUGUACAAGGGCCCUGUGGUGCUGGUGGCCCACAGUAUGGGCAACAUGUACAUGCUCUACUUUCUGCAGCAGCAGCCACAGGACUGGAAGGACAAGUACAUCCUUGCCUUCGUGGCACUGGGUCCGCCCUGGGGGGGCGUGGCCAAGACCCUGCGUGUCCUGGCCUCAGGAGACAACAACCGGAUCCCAGUCAUCAAGUCCCUGAAGAUCCGGGCACAGCAGCGGUCUGCUGUCUCCACCACUUGGCUGCUGCCCUACAACUAUACCUGGUCACCGCAGAAGGUCUUCGUGCACACACCUAAGGCCAACUACACGCUGCAGGACUACCGCCAGUUCUUCCAGGACAUCGGCUUCAAAGACGGCUGGUCCAUGCGGCAGGACACGGAGGGGCUGAUUGAGGCCACAGUGCCGCCUGGCGUGCGACUGCACUGCCUCUAUGGUACGGGGGUCCCCACGCCAGAGUCCUACGACUACGAGAGCUUCCCAGACCGUGACCCGAAAAUCCGCUAUGGCAGCGGUGAUGGCACUGUGAACUUGCAGAGCGCCCUGCACUGCCAGACCUGGCGUGGCCUCCAGAAGCAAGAAGUGUCAUUGCAGGCGCUGCCCGGCAAUGAGCACAUCGCUAUGCUGGCCAACACCACUACCCUGGCCUACCUGAAACGUGUGCUUCUCGGGCCCUGAUGCCCGUGACGGGCAGGGCCAUGGGGUGACCCAGCCACCGCUGCUUCUUCUGGCUUCUUCUACCAUGGCCCACAAGUUUAGCGGUUUGUGACUGAUCAUCUAAACUCCUAGAUCUUGGAUUGUGAAAUGGGGAAAUGGUGUUUUCUUAUCCUUCCUCUCUGGAAUUGAGGAAGACAUAGUCUGGACUUACUUGAGGGACCCUUGAUGGCAAGAGUGCUACUGCUGGUGGAAUUGUGACCUCAGGAUAGCUUCAUAAGGGGACUGACUGGCACCUGGCCCCACUCGCCAGUGCCAGAACCGUGUGUUCUUCCUACCCCUGUGGCCUUUUCACACUUGCCCACCAGGCCCUGACUCCUCGGCCUUCUGAUGAGGGAUCUUACUGGCCUGUGGUCCCUAGGAUGGGCUCCUGGCCCCUAGGGUGCACCUUCUCACACACUGGCCACACGUCGGCCUGCUACUGGCCAUGAGUGGCUGGAGCUGCUGGAUUCCCUGUGGCCUAACUGCUCACUCAGUCCAACUGUGGCUUUCUAGGAGCUGCCCAGUUCCCCCUGCAGGCAGGGGUGGGUUGUUGUCUUCUCCAUGUGUUCCCAGUGUUCCCAGGGCCUGGGGCAUUCACUCCUACCUCUCUUACCUCUAAGAACAGCCUAGCUCAGGGCUGGGGACUGGGUCCCAGGAGCCCUGAUCUCCAUGGUUGGUCUGUGUACACAGUAUUGAUGCUGUCUCCCUUCACCCUGGGGCUGUGGGUCAAGGAUGAGAGUGGGCCUGGUGCCUCACCCUUUAGGUACUUAUGAAGAAACAGAACUCAAGGAAGCAGCCAAGGCCAAUCAGAGCCACCCAGAGCUGCCCUCUUGCUAACCUGCCACAUAGCUAGCUGCCCUGCCCUAGGGUCUCUGUAGCACCCACGUAGGCUGGCACGGGACUGAGAGGAGGUGGGACUCUUGCUCACUCUGCCCAGCACCUGUCUCUAGCAAGUAGCUCAGUGGUGUUUAGUCAGCAGGGAUGAGCCCAGAAACUCAAGUGGGCCCCUGAGAGAGCCAGGUGCCUUGAGGGUCCCCUCCAGAGGCGCUGCAUGACUCUCCGUGUGACAGGAGGGAUGGAGGAUCAGGAUCUGCCUUGGUGAUCUCCAAGUGGGCGACGGCCAAGACUUGGCCUCUAGGGUGGGGCCCUAAAGCCACAGUCAGGAUGGACUGUGCUUCGCUCCUACAAGGUUUCUGUAAAGUGGGAUUUUCUCUGUCACAUUCAUACCCAGCAUCAGUUUUUCCCUUCGUUCCUUAGUGGGGGGCCCCAUAUGGGACUCUGAGCAGGUUGUACCUCGAUUCUGGCAAUAAAAGUAUUCUGGAUGCUGUAAAAU